AUGGCCGCCCUUGCGAUUGCAGUCCAGGUCAUCACAGCCGGACCAUACGAUCCGGUCAAUGGCCCAUGCCUGUUCACAACCAACUCGUCCGGCUUCAGAAUCGUGCCGCUGGCUCCAGGUGGCAGUGUGCAAAUCUGGCAGGCGACGAAUCCCACCCCUCCAGACCCGGUGGUGACCCCUGAUGGGACAGCUUUGCCUGUCACUAUUCGUCUACCUCCCCGCUACACGAACAUGUGGCGGCUACCACUGACUGUGACCUUUCUCCUCACCAGGACCAUCCCGCCCACCCGGAACGACAACCAAGGCGUCGUCUACGGCAACCUGGCCAACUCGGAUGGACAGCUCGUCCCUGUCCUGAAAGGGGACCCGUUCGACAUCACCGCUACGCCGAACGCGCCGCAGUAUGCCACGUUGUCCGGAUUCCGCUUUGUCAGUGAGCAGACAUUCAUAAACCCCAACAGAAUGGACUACGAGUUCGCUGUCCCCUUCCGCGCCAGCGGACCCUGGGUCUGGACAAUCAGUGAUGCAACGGAUGCUACCUCUCCCCCCAUUCCGGCGGCUCUGCCAACUCAGAUGGAGCUCAGCUUUGUGGCCUGGCCUGCAAAGAACGGACAAGAUGACGGGAUUGAUGUCGUGUAUCCCCAAAGCCCGCUCUUGCCGUCGUAUGCCGACUUCCAGGGCUCCUACCCUGUCCCUGUCCAACGGUGGUCGUAUCCUGGCAUCCUGGAACUGGCCCUAGACAGGACGCGGAACGACCUCAAAAUUUUCUACAUCCAGAGGUUGGCCAAUUACGUCUGGCGUUAUGGCCAGGCCGACGGCGGCAGGUUCCAGAGCCGGUUCUUCACCAGCGGCCACCACAUGGGUCCCUUUGGUGGAGUAUUCAACCUCGGCCCGUGGAUCAGACCUCCCCCGAACCACUACGUCAACGACUACGACCUCGCCGCCGUCGUACAGCUGGGCUGCGCCGUGGCCAUAGGCAUCACAGGCAACGAGAUCUUUAACUCGCGCUGGGUUGUGCAGUAUCCAUGCGGCUACAUCGUGCCGGGACAGCUGUUUGGACAGAAAACAAUCUCGCUAAGGUGUAACAACCCAUAUUGGAACAUGCCCAAUUGGGAUUCCAAUGCAAACGUUGGAGAUCCUUACAAUACUUUACGCACGGGUUUCAUUGUCCACACCUGGAUCGAGGUCCAACUUGACUUGGGCUUCGGAAAUGCUUAUCAUGUCGUCGACCUUACCCACGCCCUUCCCGGCCCGUUCGCGCCCGAGCCGGAGGUUGGCACCAAGAAGAGACAGGCCUAUCUGGCAGCCCACAAAGACGAUGAAUACCCACCUUACGGGCAGGAAUUCCUACAACCCUUUCAGCACCUCGGCAGGGUGAAGGGGAAUGCAGUGGACUGGGAAUUUGGCCGUUACACGGGCGAUUGCUACGAGAGCCCAAACGUUCGAACAGAACGCAUCGGCGUCCUUGGUACCAGCUUUGACACUCCACCCUACCCGCUCCCGCCAAUCUUCGCCACUGGCGUGCCAGAAAUUGACGGAUACUUCCCCGACAUGAGUCUCGCCAUCGGCGCGGGCCGGGUCGACCCCGGGCUCAAAGAGGCCAAGCUGCUGCCGUUCCCUCUAGAGCGGUACAACAACGCCUCUCUGACCCCCGAGACCAUCCUCGGCCUGCUCUCCGAGCCGUCAACCAACCAUUCGGCGCAUCUGCUCUAUCACGACAUGCGGCCGGCAACCGACCGCACGUCGCUGGAGCUGAUCUUUGCUCUGCGCAGCGGCGACGACGACGAACAAGACAAAGUCCCUCAGUUGACCCUCGAGCUGACAGUCCACUCGAGCGCCGGCGUCGCGCGCGACAGCGCCGAGUCCCUCGUGGCUCUCCUGUACCGCGCUGCAGCCGCCGCCACCACCACCCAGGACGACGACGAUAACGCUGCUGCACCGCCCAAGUCUUCUCCAUCGCGCCAGACAAAGACCAAGACGCGGCAGCUGGGCGACCUCCCGCAGCCCCAAUCCCAACAAGCCGACGCCGGCAUCGUCCGCUUCGUCCGCGGCAACGUGUCGGUUAGCCUGCGGUCCGACAAUCCCGACGCUUCUUAUCCUGCUGUCGACGUGUUUGGCCUCGCGCGGCGGCUCGACAAGCACAUCGCCUCGGCGCUGGUCGCUGACGACGUUUCCGUCCGUCGCGGCGGCGUGGACCUUGUUGCUGCUGUAGCAGAGGACGGUGAGCAGUUCAAGGGGAAGACGGGGGCGCUGUUGCCUCUUUGCGUCAAGAGGGGCGCGACCUUCACGCUGCGGACCAAGGCUCCGGUUGAUGGAGGAGGAGCCGCGGAUUGGUAUCAUGGUAAUGGAAUUGGUGAUGAUGUUGCGGCGCGGAACGGAAUUAAUGGCGAGAACGUUUUCGGCGAGCAAGGAGGAGAGCUAGGCUCCAACCGCGUCGUGGUGAACGUGUCGGAUCCGACGGCAGUGGUCUGCACUUCCAGCGUCGAGGAGCAGGAGGAUGGGAAGUUGGUGUUUGCCGCCUACAAGGUUGGCGCGGUUGGGAUUACCCUUCUUCGGCCGCACCCCGAGACGCUGAUGCCGGGAAUUCGGAGGCUUGUUGUUGACGUUGUGGAGGAGUAA